UCAAGUCGAACACACCUAUAGUGUUGCUGCUGCUGUGUAAGCAAAACACAACUAACAGAUCCCAGCUGAGACGGCGGACACAUCUUUAUUUCUGGUUCGUCGCCGGAAAAUAUUACACCGGUUCACCUCAGUACAAGAUCAGCAAAGAACAUACACAUGAGGUGACAUGGACCGUGUGGAUGUGUGUUAGCCCAGGUGUGUGUUUGCACCUCAACGGUGGCAGCUCUUGACUGACAGACCGAGUGUGUUUGCCUCUGCUUUUGCCCUAUGGUGUCCUUGUAAGUCUACCUGAGAGUGGUGAGAAAAGCAAGCGUCAUGUCGAGGGCGGACAGGGCGAUUAACAGUGAGGCGGGUGACUGGGGCUACAGCGAGGACGCUGGAGAAAGAGCAUGGCUCCUGCAGAGCCCCAGUGUGGACUCCAUCCAACCUCCUAAUCAAUCAGACGACAGACGGGGAGGGACUUCGUUACUCGGGGCUGUGUUUAUCGUGGUGAAUGCUGCCCUGGGAGCUGGUCUUCUCAAUUUUCCUGCUGCUUUCAACAUGGCCGGAGGCGUCACAGCUGGAGUGACCCUUCAAAUGUGUAUGAUGGUCUUUAUCAUCACUGGGCUGGUGAUCUUGGCUUAUUGUUCUCAGGUGAGCAACGAAACGACAUAUCAGGAGGUGAUUCGUGCCGUGUGUGGGAAAGUUCUUGGUGUGGUAUGUGAGCUGGCCAUCGCCGUUUACACAUUUGGCACCUGCAUAGCCUUCCUAAUUAUUAUUGGCGAUCAGUUAGACAAGCUGAUUGGUGCAAUAAACCAUGAGUCCGAGAAAAUGAUUAGCUCGCAGUGGUACACAGAUCGCAAGUUCACCAUCACUUUGACCUCACUGCUGAUCAUACUUCCUCUGUCUAUACCCAAAGAGAUUGGCUUUCAGAAGUAUGCCAGCACCCUGAGUGUUAUCGGCACCUGGUACGUGACAAUCAUAAUCAUCGUCAAAUACAUCUGGCCUGACGAAGACAUUUCUCCAGGGAUCAUCCCAGUCAGCCCUGCAUCCUGGACCGAUGUGUUCAAUGCCAUGCCCACAAUCUGCUUUGGGUUCCAGUGUCAUGUCAGCAGCGUUCCUGUGUUCAACAGCAUGAAGAAGCCAGAAAUCCGUCCUUGGUGGGUAGUUGUUACAAUCAGCAUGAUCAUCUGCCUCUUUGUGUAUACAGGCACAGGUGUCUGUGGCUUCCUGUCGUUCGGCUCGAGCGUAAGCCAGGAUGUUUUGAUGUCAUAUCCAUCUGAUGACAUCGCGGUGGCCAUUGCUCGAGCCUUCAUCAUCAUCUGUGUCGUUACCUCAUACCCAAUCCUGCACUUCUGUGGAAGGGCAGUGCUGGAAGGUUUAUGGUUGCGUUUUAAAGGAGAGGAGGUGGAGACCGAUGUGGCCAGGGAACGGAGACGGAGAAUACUGCAGACACUCGUCUGGUUUUGUCUCACAUUAAUUCUUGCUCUCUUCAUUCCUGAUAUCGGAAGAGUCAUUUCACUGAUUGGUGGUUUGGCUGCAUGCUUCAUCUUCGUUUUUCCAGGUUUGUGCUUGAUUCAGGCGAAGCUUUCAGAGCAUGAUGUCAGGUCAGCCAGUUGGAAGGGAAUGGUGGCCUAUGGGGUCGUUAUGGUCACGAUUGGUGCUUUCAUCUUUGGCCAGACGACUACAAAUGCCAUCUUCCAAGAUAUCAUCAAUCAUCCCAGCAGCCCAUAGACGGGUUGUGACCUCAUGAAUAUGGGUCUACGGACCAACAGAGACAACUUAAAAACCAAGGGAAUAAAGCCUGUCAAAAUCACGUCUACCACUGACCUCUAUGUUGUCUUCAGGGGACUGUUUGUAAUUUCUCAUAUUGUAAAGCGCAGCGGUCCCACAGAAGUCUGUACCUCUUGAUGUAGUGGAUCAUCCACCUGCAUGCAGCAUCAAACUCUCUGCUCUGGCUGUUUGUGAACGGAGGACCCCUGUGAAGGACACUGUACUUCACUAUAGCCUGAAUGCAUAUGGACAUUGUGUUAGAUCCUCCAGUGUUAGAUCUUCCAAAUAUAGCCUAUUACUUUUGAAAUGUAAUUUUGUUUUUUGUCCAUUCUCUUUUUUAAUUUUUAUAUAUUUUUUUAAGAAACUGAUUUUAUGAAAGCCUUAUAUACUUGACAUUGCAAAUGUGGUCAGUGUUCAUAGUGUUUACCCUUAGAAUCUUAUUGCAAACCUUUUUCUUCAUGACUUGCACUGCCAAGCCUGUAAUUCCAAUGUUUCAUAAGGUGUGUGCGUGUGUUUGUGCGUGCGUGUGUGUGUGUGCGUGCCUCCCUCCUUAGAUCGGAAAUUAGUUAUUUAAACUGUAUUUCAGAAAUACUUAAUGAAUGGUUUUUAUUCUCAUUUAAUGCAUUGUUGUUUUAGCCACAUUUUGUGAAUGUGUUUUUCAUGAAAUUUUUUGCUUAGGCCAAUGGUGCAAUAAUUUUCUGAUUUAACUAGUUCACUGAUACUUGAGUGAGACUAGAUGGUUAACUAAUAAUGUGAGAAUUAUUUUGUGUUUAUAUUAUUUUAGGGGAUAAAUUCUGGUACUGAAGUGUGCGAACGAGAGCGUAUAGGUCCCAUUAAACCAUUCUCCUAACAGUUUAAUUGUGCAAGUCACAACUGUGGUGUGCUGGCGAUCCUCUUUUGUACCACAUGCUCCAAUUUUCAAUAAUGUCUACAUAUGAAAAUUCCUCAUGGAUUUAAUCAGUAACACUAGAUGCAUGUUUGCUUUUCCACAAUCGUGUAUUAUUGAAUGUUUUUGCUGUUUCAGUGCAAUCACUAAAGGGAUGUUCCAUGAUAAAUCAGCAAAGCUGC